GUUCCGGAGAGCAGUAAACAUAGAAGCUCACGUUGCAAUAAUUAAUCUCUAUUUAUAUUUGGUCAUUUAUGCUCCUGUAAUGUGAUAAGGGGCUCUACUCAGCCAGGGAUACCAACGCACCUCUUCCGCACUUGGUUCAACCAGGCAGUCUUGAUUAAGCAUCUUUACCCUCAUCAGACACAUCUCCCCUUGCCUGUACAAACUAUCCUUCCAAAAGAAGACAGGCUCUUGCGGAGUUCCGCUCACACCAGUACAAUUUCCGUGACUGGUUCGACCAACAGGCGCCCUACAUGCCAGGCACAAUCCAGCGUAUUUUCUAUCAACUAGACUUUACGAAUAUUUUCGGGCCAUUAUGUCUGCCAGUCAAGCGUUUAAUGAAUCGUCACUAGUUAGUAACAACCCGCCGUACUCUCGGGCAUCGUCAGGCGACCACCACAAACCGACUGUCUUCGCUUUUACCAACUAUACUUUCUGCAAGCGAGUCGUUUUACGAUCCACAGAUCAAGGACUCAAACUUUCGUAACUCGUUCCGAAGCACCACCAACACACGUGUCUCGUAACGUAGACCACAAGUACUUUCAGUGGCUCCGCUUUUACCAAAUAGACUUCCCGAAGGAAGCCCAACGGUCAAAGGUCAAGGGUCUCGGUCCGAGAUAGUAGGUAAAGUGACACACUAAAGCGCUCCGUGUGUUUCUUUUCCUUGUAACCUCCGUUAAUGUCGCCCGGUAAUCAGUGCAAAGAUCAUCCGUAAGUUCGCCCGAUCAAUACAUACUCCCGGAAAAAAACAAGCCACCCGAAUACUAAUGCCUCCCGGUCACGAGCCGAACUCUUCGUCGGGCGUUGCACCCUCGACCAUCGAAGACGAGGACAUUCCCGAGGACUACGACUACGAGGAGUCGGCGUGGCGCUUCGACCUGGCCGACCUGGUGCCCACGGCGGCCGUGUACGGGGCCACCCUCCUGCUGGGACUGGUGGGCAACCUGCUCAUCGUGUACACGGUGGCCCGGUUCCCGCGCAUGCGCUCCAUCUCCAACCUGUUCCUCGCCUCGCUCGCCUCGGCCGACCUGCUCAUCGUGCUGCUCUGCGUGCCCGUCAAGUUCGGCCAGCUCUUCUCGUACACCUGGACGCUGGGCGAGGUCGGCUGCAAGCUGCUCCUCUACGUCCAGCACGUCUCCAUGAUAUGCUCCGUGCUCAACCUCACCUUCCUCAGCAUCGAGAGGUACUACGCGGUGAUCCAUCCAGUCCGCUCCCGCUACCUCUGCACCUUCAGCCAGGCGCGUCGUGUGAUCGUCUUCAUCUGGCUGGCCGCAUUUCUAUGCGCCCUGCCCAUCAUCUUCGUCCAGGUUCACGUGGAGAUGGGCCUCCGUCGUCGCGCCUACUGGUGCAUGCGGGACGAGGCCAGUCCAGGAGCGUGGCGCUCCUUCGAGAUCUACAUGCUCAUCCUCGUGCUGUGCAUACCCACCCUGGUCAUGGGAUACGCUUACGCCAAGAUAUGCGUGCAGCUAUGGAUGGUCGUUCGUGAGCGGGCACAUCUCACAUCCGGCUUGGCUUGUACGGAGAUGUUGGAGAAGACGUCCGGCACCAAUCACUGCUUCGGCGCCAACGGCAACAAAAGGAUCCUCGGAAAGCCGUCGCGAGCCGACGAAGACACUGUGAAGCAGGUGAUCAAGAUGCUCAUUCUGGUCGUCUGCCUCUUCGUGCUUUGCUGGGCGCCCAUCCUGAUCCUGAACGUGCUCACGUCGUUCGGCAGCGUGUCGGCGUUGAACUACUCCUACCUCAAACCACUGCGCACCUGCUUCCACCUGCUGUCGUACCUGAACAGCUGCGUCAACCCUCUCGUCUACGGUUUCAUGUCGCGCUCUUUCCGGGUGUCCUUCAGAGACGCCCUGUUCGGCUGCCUGCGCCAGGGCAGUGCGUCUCAACGCGGAGCCACGUUUCGCACAAGCAGGACUAACAUCACCAGCGUCAGCAUGGGACGCUCGGGCACCUCCGUCACAUGACGUCAGCCGCCGCAGCCCUGCGUCCGCUGUAUCCGCUGGUCGACGAGCUGCGGUCCCGCUCUCGACAUGACUACGACGUCCAGUGCCGAAGGCUAACCGAUGAUUGUUCCAGCAGGAAGAAAGUAUCACCGGUUGAAACGAAAGAGAUCCGCGUAACGUCUACACGCUGUGACCUAAUGCGGUUACGCUCACCAAAUUCCUGUGACACCAAGAGUGAGCGACUAACACGUCGGUUGUCUACAGUAUACCAGAUGCCACUAGUCGAAAUAAUGACAAGCAUCCCAAAUGUUCACUACAAGGGGUCACCAGUGAAAUGAAAUUGCUCCAGAAACGAUUUGUAGCGCAAGAAACAUAGACACAACAGAAGACAACAAACCAACAGGCCCAAAUCGCCACAAGUCUAACACUGCAACCAUGCGUGGACUGAAUUCUGUCACCAGAGCGUUACGGCAUCGCUUGUUGAUGGUUAACAGAAGGGUUAUAUGUAUUAGACCGGAUACCACAAGAUUUAAGAGUAGGGUGCGCUCAGCAUGUGCCAGGUUCUCGACAGAACAGUGAUAUGAACUGGACACGAUGUCACCGUUUUAAAGAGCGCGGUGUGUUCUGAAUGUGCCACCUUCUUCAGUGUAGACCUAUCUGAACUGUACCAUGUGUCAACAGUCGAAAGAAUGCGAAUCAACUCGAACGUGCUACUUUCGCCAAAUACUCAGUGUUACCGUUCGAAAGAGUGUAAUGUGUUCUGAAUGCACAUCUUCUCCAUAGAACGCGAAUGCCGAAGGCCAGAGACAAGCCCUAAGACCCAACGUAAAAAAACACGGAACCAGCGACUCAGGUUUUUUUCAGAGAGAAGUCAUCGCAAGAGAGAUUAUCUUUGCCACACGCAGUGUUCUCCCAAAGAAGGCCGUAUGCGAACAUGUGAUCUUGGUGCACGGACAAGAAACUUCGUGGAAUGGAGCGGCCGCACAGCUUCCCGUUAUUGAACCAUGGCCUCCGCGAUCAGCUCCGGCAGCGCGCUUCCGAAGCUGAUCGCGGAGGCCACGGUAACACAUAACCACAUAUUGGCAGAUUUAAAGCGUUACUGUUGUUCAGUCUAAUAAGGAAACGAGCUCCUCAAUCAAUUCCCCGUCUAACAUUGUGUCUUGGGACAGUGUUAUCUUCAGUCAGUAGCGAAAGGCCCGAACACCGUAAGGACAUGCCAUCUCGAAGUUUCCACAAUAAAACUUCUGUUACGGAACUACUGGGCGCGUGCACGACGGCGCAGGGUAAGAGAAAAAAAAGUCGAUGUAUCGAAUAAUGAAGUAAGGCGUUUUCGUCAACUCCAAGCUCAGGCCACAACCAUCUGAAUUGUGACAGCGUUGGACCUCGUAUUCUCGUCAAGGAGCUGCUAAUCAACGUUAUCUUUAAGUCGGGACCGUAAGAGAUAAAGGAAACAAACGAUUCACUCAAUGCGUGGCAAGAACGAUGAAAUAACAACACUUAGGAUCGUGUUGAUGACGCUGGUUCUCUGGCGAGGCUCACAUAGAAAGUGAAAUCGCAUGAUGAAUCCGGCGUAUAACCAGCGAAGUCCUCCAAGAACAACUCCUGGCCGUCCGGAGAACUCACGCCAUCGGGAAAGCCUUUGGCCUACCGGGGCCUCCGUGGGCGGAGCCACCAACUUAGCCUGGGGGCUUUGCCCUCGGGCCGUAGUUUCUCUGGACAAUAAUAAAGUUCUUGCCAUGCCAUGCCAUGAUGAAUCCCUCGGCCAUGCGAGAUCUACAUCUGUGCCACAUCUUGGCUGUGACACAUGUACUUCGAUAUGCCCGGCUAUAGAAGCUAUCUGGCUUCAACUCUGAAUCGUAUUGCACUGUGAAUUGUAAUGGUAGCAGACCUGAAUGCAUCAAUGCGGUGACAACAGCGAACGGUGCUACACAAUGAUGAAGACUUCAAAAAAUAAUUCGAUCUAGUUUGACGGUGAGCUCAAAUUGUGACAUAGACUGCGAUGUUAACAGCGACGUCGACUGUGACAAAGACUGUGACGUAGCUGUGACGUCGACUGUGACGUAGACUGUGAAUUGAAUGUCGUGCACCGACAUGUCAUUGGGUCGUCAAGGCGUCAUACUUGUGUGCCCCGCUUUGAAAACGAGCGGUAGCAGCAACGUACUCCACCGCGCAACGUAUUGUGCAACGUAAUACACCGUCGCACAGUCUGUGGCUCCUUUUUAACACUCGCCUGCGACGUCACAACGGGAUCGCGUGGGGUGAGGCCCAGUAACCAUAUUAGA